AUGAAGGGAAAAGGCCACCUGUUCACACAUCUACUAGUUCUACUCCUGUGUCUGACAGCAGGUGAGGGGGCAGAGAUCAUCGACGGAAAGGAAGUGCCCCCCCACUCUCUUCCAUUCAUGGCUCUCCUGCAGGACUCCAAGGGAACACAAUUCUGUGGCGGCACUCUGAUUGACCUCCAGUGGGUUCUGACUGCAGCACACUGCAACAUUUCUUCGAGCGUGCUGUUGGGGGUGCACAACCGCUCAAAGUCAGAGAUGGAGUACCGACAGCUCCAGAAGGUGAAGCACAGUGUUCCUCAUCCCUUAUAUAACCCCAACACCUUCGACAAUGACCUCAUGCUGCUGAAGCUUGACACGAAAGCCAAGAAAACGGAAGCUGUCCGGCCCCUCACACUGCCCCCUCCUGUUCAGGAUGUCCCGGCGGGGACGGGCUGUGUUGUAGCAGGAUGGGGAGCCACCAAAAAUGGUGGUGGAAUGUCAGACGUUUUGAUGUCAGCCAAUGUCACAGUCAUUGACAGAGCCCUGUGCAACUCCAAGGAUUACUACAACCUGCACCCCAUCAUCACCAAUGAAAUGCUGUGUGCAGGGCAUAAGGACAAGAGACCUGUCGACACCUGCCAAGGAGACUCCGGAGGUCCACUGCUGUGUGAAGGGAAACUUAGGGGGGUCACCUCAUUUGGGACGAAAUGUGGUUUAAAGAAAAAACCAGGAGUCUAUGCUGCACUCACCAAGAAACAGACACAAUGGAUCCACAAGACCAUGAAAAGCCUGCUGUGA